AAAAAACAGCAGAGGAGAUCUGUAGGAAACAAGGUUUAUAAAUUUAAACUAAAAUUUACCUCCUUUGAGUCUACAUGAAGUCAGUCUUGAAGUGGGCCGAGGUCCAAAAUUUACCGAUGUUCUGUUGUCAUGGAGAACAGCGUGGGGAAAAUUUGUGCAGAACAUGAUCGUGAAGCUCGAACCAAGCUCAAGGACAAAAAUGAAACGCAACAACAACAACGGCCAAGGACCCCAAAGUGUAUAAUGGUGAAGAAAUUGAGCUGGCUUAUGCCAUGGCUGGAUUUAAGCCUUUUGGUGUCAACCAGCUGUCAUUUAAAGAGGGACAAGAAGUACGCAUCCUGUUAAAACAGGACUGUAACUGGUGGUGGGCAGAGCUUGAUGGUUGGCAAGGCUAUGUCCCUGCAAAUCAUUUCACUCAUCGGACCUCUAAACAGUUUGUGUGGCAAGAUGACGAGUACUUUGGAAAUUACAGCCACUUGAAACUUCACCAGGAAAUGCUGAGCGAUCGUCCCAGGACUGAGGCCUGUUUACAAGCUGUUCAAAUGAACGAACCUUUCUUGAGAGAUAAAGUUAUACUGGAUGUGGGAUGUGGAACAGGAGUAUAUGCAGUUGAAACCAGCGAUUUUGCUCAUUAUACAGCUGAGUUGGUGAAGAUUAAUGGACUGGAUAAGAAAAUAGCUGUGAUAAAUGAUUAUGUGGAGCAGAUACAGAUAGAAGACAAAGUGGAUGUGAUCAUAUCAGAGUGGAUGGGGACAUUUUUACUGUUUGAGAUGAUGUUAGAGUCUGUGAUCAUUGCCCGAGAUAAGUUCUUGCGAUCUGAUGGAGUAGUGCUACCCUCCACGGCUACACUUUACCUUGUGACAUGCUCAGCAGAUAGCCAUUACAAAGAGACAUACCAAUUUUGGGACAAAUUAUACGGGCUGGACUUCUCGUUAUUGAGGAGAUUGGCUGUUGAAGAAUAUUACGAAAGGCCCGUCUCAGAUUAUAUUCUAGGCUCCAAUGACUGCCUGGCAGAUGCAGUUGCCAUUUUCAACAUCUCCAUGGCAACAGUAACUGUUGGUGACCUGGAAAUGGUGGAAGAAAGGUUUGAAUUCAAGAUCCUCAAGUCUGGAACAAUGCAUGGGUUUUGUUCCUGGUUUGAGGUAGAGUUCCCUCCCUUGGCACAUGGAGUAGCAAGGCUGAAUUUGAGUACUGGACCAUAUAGCAGAGUGGUAUAUGUAGCUAUUACAGCCUGGAUGAUUGCUGUCCCAUUCCGAGUGGUAGAUGUAGCUAUUACAGCCUUGAUGACUGCUGUCCCAUUCUGA